GAAAGCAGACAGACACAGAGCAGGCAGCAGGAGCCCUUUAACUACUGCUACUCUAACUGCUCUACAUGGAUAAUCUACUGGCUAUUCUCUUACCCCUGAAGGGCAUUUCUCUCUGAGUCACCCUAAAAGGAACCUUUUCUUAAUCUGAAGAUCAUUUUGGUACAGAGCUGUGCAGGAAAGAGAUAUAGGCAGAGCCCUUCUUGGAUCCGCCUUUGAUGUUCGAUACACGGGAGAGGAGCAUGGUCCAACUGCAUGUGCUCUGAAAGACUCGGACGGGAUCAUGGAAAGAGAAGGUUUGGUGUUCCUGGGUGGCAGAGAUCUUCAGCGGUCGGCGAUGAGGUGGUCGAUGGAGAUGCACAGACGAAUGUAUGGAUUUAAAUCCUGAAGGUCACCUCUACAGGCCAGCUCCGCCUGAAGUUCCCUGUUGAGCCCUCAUCGGUAGACGAUCUCAGCUGAGCCCCUGGGGUGGUUUGAGUGCAUUGAGGCUGAUUGGAGGCGGCUGUCCAUCCUGGAAGGCUCGUUGUGAGGUGAAAGGUCAUCAGUCCAAGCCCAGAGUCAUCUGUAGCCCCAGAGGAGCUGCCCGGCUUCACUUUUACAACAGAGCACCAGUCUCCCAUUCAGGGAGCCCAGACCUACAGGAAGAGAGGGAGAGGAAAUAUACACAGGGGAGAAGAAGACACUCUUCAUGAAUUCCCUAAAAUCGUGAAAGACAAACCGUAUGAGUUGGCUGGCAGUCGUGAGGAGAGGAGCUAUGUGGACAAUAAGCAUGGCCCAGCUCUGUCUCCCGGCAUUCCUUCUCCUACUGGCCUACGCCUUUGUCCAAGCAGCUGCCACCGAGGACGAUGUCACUCCACGACUCAGCUUCACUUACAAUGCAAAUGAGAGGUCAGCCAAGAGAUUCUCUAUGGAUGGGGUCUUCAAUUAUACCUCUCUGCUCCUCAGUAAGGAAGAUAACAUGCUCUAUGUUGGAGCACGAGAGGAGCUCUUCGCCCUCAACCUCUCUGAUAUCAGCAGAGUCAAGCUACAACGUAAUCUGACAUGGAGCACCCAUGAGAGGAAGAGAGAUGAGUGCAGUUUCAAGGGCAAAGACCUACAGACUGAUUGCUUCAAUUACAUCAAGAUUUUACUGCGUGUGAACAGUACCCAUCUAUACGUGUGUGGAACCUACGCCUUCAGUCCAAUCUGUGCAUACAUAAACACAGCUGACUUCACUCUGGUGAGGAGCCAGACUGGGGAGAUAGUGACAGAGGAUGGACGCGGCCGCUGCCCUUUCAACCCUGAGUACAAGUCCACUGCCAUCAUGGCUGAUGGAGAGCUGUAUGCUGGGACGGUCAGUAAUUUCCAAGGAAAUGAACCUAUUAUUUACAAGAGCCUGGGCCAAGGCGCUGCCCUAAAAACAGAAAACUCCUUGAACUGGCUUCAGGACCCAGCCUUUGUGGGCUCUGCCUACAUUCAGGAGAGCCUGCCCAAAGGCAACCCGGUGGGCGACGACGAUAAGAUUUACUUCUUCUUCAGCGAAGCGGGAAAGGAGUUUGAAUUCUUUGACAACACCAUUGUAUCGCGCAUCGCUCGCGUGUGUAAGGGUGACAAAGGAGGAGAGAGGGUGCUGCAGAAGAAAUGGACCACCUUCCUUAAAGCCCAGCUCCUGUGUUCACUGCCUGAUGAUGGCUUCCCCUUCAACAUCAUCCAGGACAUGUUUGUGUUGACACCCAGCCCAGAAGACUGGAAGAACACUGUGUUCUACGGGGUCUUUACUUCACAGUGGUAUAAAGGGGCCUCUGGCAGCUCAGCAGUGUGUGCCUUCACCAUGGACCAGGUGGAGAGGGCCUUCAGCGGCCGUUACCGUGAGGUCAACCGAGAGACCCAGCAGUGGUACACCUACAACCACCCUGUCCUUGAUCCACGGCCUGGAGCGUGCAUCACUAAUGCAGCCCGGGACCAGGGCAUCUCCUCCUCUCUGCAUAUGCCUGACAAGGUACUAAACUUCGUCAAGGACCACUUCCUGAUGGACAGUGUGAUCCGCAGCCAGCCCCUCCUGCUGAAACGCAGCGUCCGCUACACCCAGAUAGCUGUCCACCGGGUCCAGGCCAUCAACAAACACUACAAUGUGCUCUUCAUUGGAACAGAUGAUGGAAGACUCCACAAAGCCAUUAAUGUCAACAACAAGAUGCACAUCAUUGAAGAGAUGAUUCUUUUCACUGACCCCCAGCCUGUACAGCACAUUGAACUGGACUCUGAGAAGGGCCUGCUGUUUGUGUCCUCCUACUCUGGCCUGGUGGAGGUCCCGGUGGCUAACUGCUCCAACUAUCAGAGCUGUGGAGAGUGUGUCCUGUCCAGAGACCCUUACUGUGCCUGGGAAGGGCGGCAGUGUCUGAAUGUCAGGCUGCGUGGACUAGAAAACCACUGGCAGCAGGACGUGGACGAGGCAGACACAUCCGUUAUCUGCAACAAGACACAGCCCAGCCCUCGCUUUGCUAAACCCCCACCCACACGGAUGUCUUCAUGCCAGGUGAUAAUGAUCCCAGCCAACAUGUUCAAAGUGCUGCCCUGUAAGCUGCGCUCCAACCUGGCUGAGAGGAAGUGGGAGUACAGUGAGGGUGCAGGUCACUUCCUGUACCCCAGUCCUGAGGGAGGUCUAGUGGUGGUGGCCCAGGCUGACAGACAGGAGACCUAUGAAUGCUGGUCAGUGGAGGAGGGCUUCAGGCAACUCCUGGCCAACUACUGUGUUAGGGGAGAGGCCAGGCAGGAGAGCACCACCCUCAUUGGCCGCUCACGCACCCCUCUGGUCCCACAGGAGGAGCCAAUCAUCCUACCUGGAGAGACCCGCUCCCCACAGAUCAACACCAAGACCUACUGGAACGAGCUCAUCAUAGUGUGUGCCCUGCUGGGCUUCUCCCUGGUGGUCUUCUCCCUAUUUGCGGUCUACAGGAACCACGACCGCAUGAAGUCCAUGCUGAAGGAAGGCGAGUGCCCCAACAUGCAGCAGAAGAAACCCAGGCUAGUGGGGAAUCCGGCAGAGAACUUGCCUCUCAAUGGCAACAACACAGUGCCAGCCUCUGUGUCAGACCACAAGGGUUACCAGACCCUCAAUGACAACUACAUCUGCAACACACCGCCACAUGAGUGCUCAUCACCAGACAACAGCAAGAGCUUCUCCGAGUCAGAAAAGAGGCCUCUGAACUUGAAGGAGAGCACUGUAGAGAUCUCGCCCAUCUGCCCGCGGCCUCGGGUGAGACUGGGCUCAGAGAUCAAAGAUUCCAUUGUGUGAGGACAGCUUUGAUCAACUUGAGCAGGAGAUAAAACCCUAAUGUGGAGUGAUUAACUAUUAGCCAUAAGAAAAGGGGGACUUACAGUAAAAUAAAAACAUAGAAGGAAGGAACACUGAAGAGGGACAUUUCAUUACACUGCUUUUGCACUUUUGUCUUUUUCAUUUUGUCCCUGUGGUCAGUUCUCAUUUCCUUGUUGUUACUCCUCUUUCUCUAGUGCACCUGAAGCACAAUGAAGAGGAAGCUGAUACAGAUUGCCUUCAGACUAUUGAAGCUGUGGAAUGAUGGUUAUUGGUGGACAUAGGACACAUACAGCUGAUUUUGUCCUUCUGUAACAGUUUUUAUAUGAUUCAGUCAUGUUGUUUUUAUGCAUUGCCACUCAGUCCGUCCAAAUGUUCUGUUGGCAUUGCAUUGAAAGUAGAGAGAUACUCUAGAGCUGACCCUUAACGCUCCCAUCUACAUCCACAAUUAGUGUGCGCUUAGCCCUACACUGAGAAUGAUAGUAGAAUAACAAACAACCUCUAAUUCAAACACUAUAGUAAGUAGAUCAAUAGGCCUUUCACUGAUGACUUAGUUAUAACAGCAGUCUAUCAGCUAUUCAUUCAAAGCAGUUUAAACUGUGGAUGACUUUAGUGCAGCAUAACCAGGCAGACAUUAGAAUGGAAUCCACUGGUCAAGAGAGGGCUGACCAUCCCAGAGAGACAUGGAAAGGAACCAAUGAGGAAGGAAUGAAAGAGGUAGGGACCACCUGGCAUGAGGUGUGGAAAAAGAGCACGCAACAGAAUAACAUAAUACUGGAGAGGUGUUGUUGUCGAGGUUCUCUGCCCUGCUCCAUCAGGAGCUUAGAGAUAAAGUCAAGACUUGAAUGACUAACAUGUCUUGUGAAGGAGUAAAGAGAGAAAGCAACACUAUCCCCCCAAAUGGAGAGUAGCACAGAUGGGGUUUGUACAUCUAAAGCUAUUGAAGGAUAUGGUGCCUAACAUACUGACCAGACCGGAAACGUCGCGUGUGCGAGCGUUGCAAAAUAAAUUUACACAUAUGUUAUUCAAUCAUUGCACCCACACUGCUCGCUGGUAUCAGCGAGCGUCUGCUUAGCCAGGCGGUAAAAUAGAAAUUGGUUCUAUUUGUGACACCUCAACUCGCUGCAAGUCCAGCCUCUCCCAUCUCUUCAUUGGUUUUUAGAAGCAUAUGCCCACAUGCCAUCUCCUCAUAGGUUUUUAGGAGCAUAUACCCACGUGGGUGAUUGAAAGAUUAACUUAGGUCUACACUCCGGUAGGUUGUAGUAAUGCACUGUGAAGUUGGUUGCCAACCGCCAUAUUAAAUCCAAAAUAAGAAGAAGAAGCCUGAGAAAGGAGGAGAGAUGACGAGAAAGGAAUUCAGUUUACCGUUUUAUCUGUGGAUUAAUUGUUGGAGUAGAGGACAUUGUGCAUUUCAUCUAAAAUAACAAACUAAUGUUUAUAUCCCAGGACAAAUUAGCUAUCAACAGCAAGCUUGCUAGUUAAAUUGACACAAAUGUUUCAUGCUUUUCGACCUGUCCCCAAAUGUAAUAUAAUAUAUAAUAUAAUAUAUGCCAUUUAGCAGACGCUUUUAUCCAAAGCGACUUACAGUCAUGUGUGCAUACAUUCUACGUAUGGGUGGUCCCGGGGAUCGAACCCACUACCCUGGCGUUACAAGCGCCAUGCUCUACCAACUGAGCUACAGAAGGACCCGGAUAUAAUAUAAUUGGUUCAGAGUUUGUUUUGAUAUUUCAACCUGCGUGUCCUGAUCGCUUCUGGUGUGGGUGGACAAAAUCAACGUGCGUGUCCUGAUCGAUUCUGGUGUGGGUGAACAAAAUCAACCUGCGUGUCCUGAUCGCUUCUGGUGUGGGUGAACAAAAUCAACCUGCGUGUCCUGAUCGAUUCUGGUGUGGGUGAACAAAAUCAACCUGCGUGUCCUGAUCGCUUCUGGUGUGGGUGAACAAAAUCAACGUGCGUGUCCUGAUCAAUUCUGGUGUGGGUUAACAAAAUCAACGUACGUGUCCUGAUCGAUUCUGGUGUGGGUGGACAAAAGCAACCUGCGUGUCCUGAUCGAUUCUGGUGUGGGUAAACAAAAGCAACCUGCGUGUCCUGAUCGAUUCUGGUGUGGGUGAACAAAAGCAACCUGCGUGUCCUGAUCGAUUCUGGUGUGGGUGAACAAAAUCAACCUGCGUGUCCUGAUCGAUUCUGGUGUGGGUGGACAAAAGCAACCUGCGUGUCCUGAUCGAUUCUGGUGUGGGUGAACAAAAGCAACCUGCGUGUCCUGAUCGAUUCUGGUGUGGGUGAACAAAAGCAACCUGCGUGUCCUGAUCAAUUCUGGUGUGGGUGAACAAAAGCAACCUGCGUGUCCUGAUCGAUUCUGGUGUGGGUGAACAAAAGCAACGUGCGUGCGUCCGGUUUGGUCAGCAUGUAAGUUAUGUGUACGAUUGACAUUCACAGAGUUGAAGCGUACCCCUGACAUUGGGGAAGACUCGAGACCAGGUAUUAACAUAUGAUUCAUUAUGGAGCCAACAGAUUAUGCAAAGCACACAAUGUGAAGUGGGGUACAAGGUCACACCAAAAGAGAAUGUCAUCUUGAGACUGUGCAGGCGCGUAGAUGUCCACACCAUCUUGAUUAUUGAGAAUCAGAGGCAUUAUACCCACAUAUAAUUUAGUAUGCAAAAGAUUGAGCCCUUUCUGUGGCAUAGCGGAAUGGGAUGAGAGAGAGCUUAUCACUAGGCCUGGAGUUGCUGUAGCUAGGCUGAGAUCCCGGUAUAAAAUGCUGACUAGUUCAGUUUGUCAGUCAGAAACGGAUUCCUUCGAUCCAAAUUCAGUCACUUCAGACACCAAGUUAAUGUGGGCUGAGACUGUGUAAAAACCUGUUCACCACUUUACUUAGAUAACUCUUUCCUGGCCCUGUGAUUCAGAGGCUAGUAGACAGCAGAGGUUAAAGAACCACAUGUAGAGUGUGGCAACACAACAGAGUCAGCCAGUGGAGUAUGGAGCUCUUGGUGUUGAUGAAUGUGACUCACACACCCAGAGGAAACCAUGCUCUGUGUUCAUUUAAGUUGUGCCAAAAAUAACCUUUUUAAAAUGUGUAUUCUGUUUUCAUCCUUUCCAACACAACUGUCAUGUCAAAUCAAUGUUUUAUGUUUAAUGGGCCUGACCGAUUCAGCAUGUAUCAAACAGUAUGUAUCAAACCAUUCAUAACGUAGCCAUUCAGUGUAUAUGAAAGCUGCCAUAGUUACCAACAUCACCUCUGGUUUAAUGACACUAAUGACUGUAAACUGGGUUUUACUAAUAUGGAGCCACGGCUUUCACAGCAGUUAUGGACCAGUCAAUGGAGGAAUGUCUUUUAAAAUAAAAAUGAACAGAUAUUGUGAAAGGAUGGAACCUGCAUAAAUAAUAAUCCAAAAGCAAGGGCUUUCAUUGAGGCAUUACCUAAUAACAGAUAUACGUUUUCAGCUGUUCAAGAUUGGAAAGAAAGAUUGGAAACAAUCAUUCUAAAGGCACAAUUUAAGAAUAUAGAUUUCAUAUUCCAAAGAUGUAGCUAUGUCAGUGCAAAAUUAUGGUAAACUCUUGCAACAUUGCGUUGUGGAAUGUAGUGAUAGAAAUUGUUUUGGAAUAAUUGUAAGUAAAACAAUGUUGUCUUAUUUAAGUUUGACAUUUGUACAAGGGCCUUACAAUUUUUGACAAAGUAGCUGUGAAAAAAGCAUACUGCUAAUGGACUGCUGUGGUGGCUGAGUGUAUAUAAUGUACAUUUGUAUUGUAGUUGAGUGGACUAGUGAAAGUUGUAUCAUUGCGGUCAAAGUGCAGAACCAGCAAAAAUGUUGACUCAAAAUGCGUUGUUUUUGCACAGGAUGUUGGAAAGCCUUAGUUUGGAACACGGAUGUUUUUUUUCGUUGAGAAUGAUGUAUUACAUAUUCAAUGGAUUUUUUUUCAUGCCUUCAAGCUAAAUUCAGGAAUCAAGAGUUGUGCCUCUUGGGGUUCUAAAAUGUGUACUCAUGACCUUGUGACAUUACUCAUUCACAUGGACAACCAGGUAGCAGCAGCAUCACCUGCAUGAUAGGUACGACAGAAUAGACUGUAGAACUGUACUGGGCAUACCCAACAAUACUAUUAAAACACUGAGUGACUGCCUUUAAAUUAUGAUCAGUAUCUGUACAAAUAAUUAUUUUAGAAUGGCCUCAACCUCAAUCACUUCGUAUUUCUGGGUUGACACUAUUGCAAACCAUUGUUUUUGACUAUACAUAAAAAAAAAUCAACGCUGUCUUUAAAUGCUCCUGAGUGGCGCAGUGGUCUAAGAAGUCACUGCAUCUCAGUGCAAGAGGCGUCACUACAGUCCCUGGUUCGAUUCCAGGCUGUAUCACAUCCGGCUGUGAUUGGGAGUCCCAUAGGGCGGCUCACAAUUGGCCCAGCGUCGUCCGGGUUAGGCCGUCAUUGUAAAUAAGAAUUUGUUCUUAACUGGCUUGCCUAGUUAAAUAAAGGUAAAAUAAAAAAUAUAUAUUCACUACCAUUCAAAAGUUUGGGGUCACUUAGAAAUGUUCUUGUUUGUGAAAGAAAAGUUUUUAAAUAGUUCAUUAAAAUAACAUCAAAUUGAUACAGUGUAGACAUUGUUAAUGUUGUAAAUGCCUAUCUACAUAGGCGUACAGAGGCCCAUUAUCAGCAGCCAACACUCCUGUGUUCCAAUGGCACGAUAUGUGUUAGCUAAUCCAACUUUAUAAUUUGAAAACAUUAAUUGAUCAUUAGAAAACCCUUUUGCAAUUAUGUUAGCACAGCUGCAAACUGUUAAAGAAGCAAUGAAACUGUCCUUCUGUAGACUAGUUGAGUAUCUAGAGCAUCAACAUUUGUGGGUUCGUUUACAGGCUCAAAAUGGCCAGAAACAAAGACCUUUCUUCUGAAACUCGUCAGUCUAUUCUUGUUCUGAGAAAUGAAGGCUAUGUGCCAUUGGAACACAGAAGUGAUGGUUUCUGAUAAUGGGCCGCUGUACGCCUAUGUUUAUAUUCCUUUUCUUUUUUUUUAUCGCCCGUUUACAGCUACAAUAGUCAUUUACAACAUUAAGAAUGUCUUCACUGUAUUUCGGAUCAAUUUGAUGUUAUUUUAAUGGACAAACAAUUUGCUUUUCUUUCAAAAACAGGACAUUUCUAUUUGACCCCAAACUUUUGAAAGGUGUGUAUACAUUUACAACUGAAACAUUUAAAAUGUAUGAUUUUGUAUUUUGUUACAAACAUUGCAAAAGUUUAGAAAUGGCAGCUUGGAUCUGUUGAAUAAAGUGGUUGUUAUCUAAACAAUAAUACAUUAGCAAAAUACAAAACAAAAUCAACCUAAAUAUCUAGCAUACUAGGUUCAGACAUGCAGCAUUUAAAUCUCUUUCGUUUGAUCACCUUUCCAAAUUGAUAUAUACUUGCAUAAGGUUUUUGAGACUGUCGUUAUUAGCUUCUACUGAGUUGUAGUAAGGCACCUCUUGUCACUUGAAGAACCACUUCAGUCAAGCCUUCUAUUUGUGACAGUGCACCAGGUUUCUCUGACUCGUGUCAAAAUGUCUUGUAAGUUUGUAUGUAAAUGUGUUUAGUAAAUUGAGCUGCCAAUGUAAAAGCUGUUGGGAACUGUAUUUUUUGUAUUAUACAUCACUACUGUUUCAGUUGUUUUUGUUGUUCUGUACAUAAAAGCACCUUAUUUUAAUUUUUCAAAUAAAGAUAAAUGGUUACA